GAAGGGGCGGUGCUAUGCAAAACGAGCACAGCGCCUGCGCCCAGCCGCCAUGGCGGCGCCGGGGGAGGGGUGCUCGGAGCCAGCGGGGAGGGAGCCGCGGCUGCGGGACACCCCCGAGGACAUCUGCUUCGAGGCGACGGCCAACGCCAUCGCCCUGCACCCGGCCCGGCCCUUGCUGGCGGCGGGGGACGUGGACGGCGACGUCUACCUGUACUCGUACUCCUGCACCGAGGGGGAGAACCGGCAGCUCUGGUCUUCGGGGCAUCACCUCAAGUCGUGCCGGGAUGUGGCCUUCUCCCAGGACGGGCAGAAGCUUUUCACCGUGUCCAAGGACAAGUCCGUCCACAUCCUGACGGUGGAGGAGGGACGGCUGGAAACGCGCUUCCCCAAGGCCCACAGCUCGGCCCUCAACUGCGUGCUGCCCAUCGAUAACCACGUCUUUGCCACGGGCGACGACGGCGGAGCGCUGAAGGUGUGGGACCUGCGCAAGGGGGACGCCAUCUUGGAGGCCCGGCAGCAGGAGGAGUACAUCAGCGCCAUGGCCGUGGAUGGUAAUGGGAAGAUCCUGCUGACUGCCAGCGGUGAUGGCACCCUGGGCGUCUUCAAUGUGAAGAGGCGGCGCUUCGAGCUGCUCUCAGAGCCGCAGAACGGGGACCUGACGUCUGUCGUGCUGCUGAAGAGGGGGAAAAAAGUGGCGUGUGGCUCCAGCGAAGGCACCAUCUACCUCUUCAACUGGGACGGCUUCGGGGCUGCCAGCGACCGCUUCGCUCUGAGGGCCGAGUCCAUUGACUGCAUGGUCCCCAUCACGGACAGCAUCGUAUGCGUGGGGUCCCUGGACGGAGUCAUCAGGGCGGUGAACGUCCUGCCGAACCGGGUGCUGGGCUGCGUUGGGCAGCACCUGGGGGAGCCCAUCGAGCAGCUGGCGGUGGCCCCGGGCGGGCAGCUCCUGGCCAGCUGCGCCCACGACCAGAAGGUGAAGUUCUGGGACGUCUCCGCCCUGGGGGGGCUGGUGGUGGACGACUAUCGAAAGAAGAAGAAGAAGGGGGGGCCGCUGCGGGCCCUCAGCGGCAAGGCGGCGGGCAGCGGGGAGGAUUUCUUCGCCGAUCUGCGGGACGAGGCCGAGCCGGAGGCGGCGGCGGGGAGCGACAGCGACGGCAGCGACUGAGGGGCCGGGGCCGGCAGCGUGGCCCGCGCUGGGAGCGGGGGCGGAGCUCUGGUAGGCCACGCCCCCUGGGUGGGCACAGCGGGAGCGGGGAGUGGCGCUGGUCGGUCGCUCCCGCGUGGGCGGGCCCUGCUGCCACCGUGGGCAGGCCGGGAGCCGGCGUUCUGAUUGGUUCUCAGGGUUGCCGCUCAGGCUGGGCUGUAGGCGAGCUCUUAAAGGGACAGAGGG